AUGAACACUAAUGUAGGUUGUCUGUUUGUUUAUAGUCCAGGUAACGAUACUAGAUACUACGGCGACUUUGCGCAGAUCAUUUGGGCCAAGAGUUACAUGGUGGGCUGUGGUCGCAGUCGAUUUAUGACGUCUUGGCAAGGUCGCCUCCGAAGUGUGGAGCGUCUGGUCUGCAACAUAGCACCGUUCGGGCCCCAGCCGACGCGCUCCUUAUGGAUCCCUGCGGCACCAACUGCUGCCUGCCCAUAUCGUGCAGUGCGAUCUUCGGUUUGGGGUGGCCUGUGUGAUUACCAAAGAAAACAAGACGAGAUUGUAUCGCUCGAUCCAUCUACAACACUAGAAGAACACAUACUUUUAAAUACUAUAUUAGAAAUAGAAGAUAAUGGGACAUUGAACUAUUUAGGCAGCAUAGAUGAAGUUUACUUAACAAAACUAGCCAUAGCAAAACUGGCUAAUUCAUUAACGACAAAAUCACGUUUCAAUUCGAAGCAGAGGAGAGAAGUUGUUGAUUUUGUAGAGGUUAUUGAGUUCCACUUCAAUGAUAGUACAAUAGCAUUUAUUCCUCAAGUAUUAAUAACACAUGACUUCAUAUUUAUGCAAGAUGCUCAAACAAGAAAAACAACCAUACCAUUGCAAACAGAAAUGACACUGAAAUUAACAACAGAAACAGAAGAGAAAAUGAGUUCGAUCGGAAGAACGAGUACUUACAACAAGGAAAAUUUGUCUAAUUUCGAUGGAAAAACAGAAAAUAUCAAAGCCAUUAAGGAAAUGCUUAAGAAAGAAAAGAAUAACAUUGCUGAGUAUAUUGGAACAAUGACAACUAGUACAACUUCUAGUACAACUUCGGAAAACUUACUACAGACUACAGAAGUUCCAAAGUUUACUAGUGUGGAUGAGGUUUCAAAUUUAACUAGUAUUUCUAAAGAUUCAAGCACUACUGAUGAUUACGAAUAUCAUACUUAUACUGCGGUACCUCCAAAAAUUUUGGACGAUGUGACAAAGUUAGAAGUAGUAUUACCUGUAACCUUAAAGAAUCCCGAGGAUAAUGAGCAAGAUGAUUACGAUGACUCUGAUGAACCGAGUGGUAGCGGGAGCGAUGACGAUGACGACAGCGAUGGUGGUGAACAAAGUGAUGAUGGUAAAGGUAGCAGUGACGGUGACGGUAGCGGUGACGGUGACAGUGACGGCAGCGGUGACGAUAAAGGCAGCAGUUACGAUAAAGGCAGCAGUUACGAUAAAGGCAGCAGUUACGAUAAAGGCAGCAGUUACGAUGACGGCAACGGUCAUGGUAGAGGCGGCAGUGAUAGUGACGAUGAAGGAGGAGAAGACAGCGAUGGCGAUGACGUCAGAAAAAGCAAUCGAUUUGGCGCGAUGAAUUUGCCUAAUAAGACGGCAGACUUUUUUAAUUAUGGUUCAGACCCUGAAACAGUCCUUCAGCUGCAAGAGGCUUUACAUCGUAUUGAGGCGGAUUUGGCACCAAAGAAAGAGAAUAAGAAACGACAAAAGGUACGAAGAGAGCUCCACCACAAAAGUAGGGAGAAAGGAAAACCACGUAAACAUCGGAAGAAAUCACGAGAAGAAGAGGAGAUCCCACAAAAAGUAGCAGACGGUAUUAGUCCACUUCUACAUUUCAUGGAAAUGAUGCCGAAAGAUGAACGUAAGGUUGCUAGUACUGUCACCCCGUCUCUUGUGAUAGUUUUAGUUUUGUGUUUAAAUAAUUUUAUUAUUUAG